CGCGCUAGAUGUUCAUCCGGUGUUCGGAACGUUCGUUGGUUCUGAGCUGCGAUUUCGUGCAGUAGAUACACUCAUCGUCAUCCAUGGCCAUUCCCGUCAUAAUCGAUACGGAUCCUGGGGUGGAUGAUAUGGUCGCUUUACUUUAUGCUCUGGCAUGUCCUGAGCUGGAGAUCUUGGGUAUCAUAGUAUCCUUCGGAAACACGGAUGUAGAUGCAUCUUACGAUAAUAUACUGAAGCUGUAUGACACUCUCGCGCGUCACUUUGAGAAAUUCCCCAAGGAUGAGGAAAGGUUUCCGCAUUUCAAGUCUAGGCCGUUCCUUGCUCGAGGAGCAGCGGGGCCUUUAGAAGGAGCUCUGCAUAGUGCGCAGUACUUUCACGGACGAGAUGGCCUGGGAGACAUAUCCAACCGAUAUCCGGAUAUCACAACUGAUAAAGGAGUAGAGUUCUUACAACUCUCGGACAAGCCAGGACAUGAACUUGCCCUUGAGUUAAUCAAGACCCAUCCAGCUCGGACGAUAACGUACAUCGCAUUGGGUCCAUUGACGAAUCUCGCCCUCGCAGCACGGCAAGAUCCUGCUCUAUGUCGCGAGCGUAUUGGUAGGAUCGUCGUUAUGGGCGGUGCGCUUGACGUACCGGGGAAUACAAGUCCUGUUGCCGAAUUCAACUUCUUCGCGGACCCAUACGCAGUGAAAGAACUCCUCAUCGACGGUGCACUUCCCCUCGAUAGGUUCCUCCUCCUGCCGCUCGACGUCACGACUCCACACGAUUUCUCUUUCCCACAAUAUACAGCCCAGAUCGACCCAACUUUCGUCCUCGCCUCCGAAAAGCCAAAACAAGCCGUAUGCAAGGAAGAAGAAGAAGCAGAAGGACGGAUGGAGAGAUCCAAGUCCAAGUCCCCACUCGUGCAUUUUAGCAGCGCCUUCCUAGAGAGAACGCGUGAGGUUAUGCGCGAGUUUGGGAAAGAUGUCAUGGAAUUACAUGACGUCGUCGCAGUCUGGUGCGCAGCACAGAACCCACCACAGCUAAUCGAAGACGACCCACAUGGGGUACCGAGACUCCAAGAAGGGUGGAGAGCCCAGCAAAGGUUAUUUGAAAUCGAAAGAACUGGCGAACUAACGCGCGGAAUGCUCGUCGUCGACCGACGGGACGAAGCGCUCGAAGCAUACACUUCUUCCUCUCCACUCUCCCCACUCUCUCCGCUCGCUCCCGACUCCCCCGACUCACCAAAACGGUUCAAAACAGGAGACAACAGAGCAGAAGUCCAAGCUAGACUGGAUCGCGAACAACGUCAACAAGAACAAAAUACCCAUAUGCAAAAUGUGCGAAAUGACCACCUUGCUGUCCCUGCACAAGUCGAACUCGACGCCCCUGCACACGUCCACCCGAAGGGAGUCGCGUGUAUUGUCCAAACUCCUGGUUCCGAGGCACUCGUUAGCUCGAUAUUCUCUCGUAUAUACGGGAUACACAAGAUUUAA